AGUUUUAUCAACAUGGUGGUCGGGUUGAAAGGAGUUCUUUCGUUGAUCGUGUUAAUAGUCAUUUUAUUGUCAUCAUGGCUUGUUGCUGUAUUGCUAGAAUAUUACACGGGGCACGGCAGGCCACUCAAGCCUCACAGAAAUACAAAUCUAGCUCCAUUUCCAAGCGACAAGAUGGAAAACAUUCUCUGGUUCGUGCAGGUAUCUGAUAUUCACAUCAGCAAAUACCGUGAUCGUCAAAGAGCUAGGGAUCUCAAGCAGUUCUGUAAUGAGAAUAUAGACGUAAUCAGGCCUGUUGCCGUGCUAGCUACAGGCGACUUGACAGAUGCAAAGGAUAUGUAUCGACUUGGCUCUAAGCAAUACAAAGAAGAAUGGGAGGAAUAUUACAAUGUGCUAAAAGAGACAAAAGUCGAAGACAAGACUAAAUGGUUAGACUUGAGAGGAAAUCAUGAUGCAUUUAGUGUUCCCUCACUUACAAGUGAUGAGAACUUCUUCAAAGAUUACUCAUCCAGUGGUCUGGAUGCAAGGAGAGGUUCCAUGCCAUACCAGUACAUAUACAGCACCAAGUUUGGUUCCUAUGCUUUCAACGGUAUUGAUUUGAAUCCUAAUCCUGGACCACGGAGACCGUUUAAUUUCUUUGGACAUGUGGAUCAGGAUCGUAUCAAUGAAAUGGAGAGACUAGCUGAUGCCAGCAAAUCAUUUAACAUGACAAUUUGGUUUGGACACCACCCUUUUUCAGUCACAACAACACCUUAUGUUAGAAAGAUUUUAAGGUGAGUUACAACACAGCAAGUGAGAGGUGCAGUGGCCUCAUGCGGUUAGUGUGCUCAUCUCCGAUGGAGCAGUCUGGGUUCAAGCCCUG